AUGGUUCAACUAACACUGGACCUAGUUGCUAAAAGUGUUGCUCACAAGAACCGCAAUGAAGGGGACUCGGGACAGCAUCUGCGAAAAAUAACUCAUCUGAAUUUAGCAGAUAAAAACAUAGAUGCAAUUGGUGACUUCUCUUUGUGCAAAAAUCUUAGAGUUCUAUAUUUAUAUGAUAACCAAAUCAGUCAAAUCCAGAACUUGGACUUUGCUUCAAAUAUAACGCACCUUUACUUUCAGAACAACUGUAUUUCAUGUAUAGAAAAUCUCUCAUCGCUGAAAAACCUUGAAAAACUCUAUCUGGGGGGCAACUACAUCACUGUAGUAGAGGGCUUGGAUAAAAUAGAAAAAUUAAGGGAGCUACAUCUUGAGAGUCAAAAUCUCCCUCCUGGUGAAAAGCUUCUGUUUGAUCCAAGGACUCUUAGCUCCCUGGCAAAAUCUUUGUCUGUGUUGAAUAUCAGCAAUAACAAUAUUGAUGAAUUAGAAGAACUGGCAGUUUUGGAAAAUCUUUCUUAUCUUACAGCAGUUGACAAUAAACUUCAGCAUAUGAAGGAUUUAGAGGUUGCAUUAACCAAAUGGACAAAACUACGCAGAAUGGAUCUUACAGGAAACCCCAUCUGCCACAAACCCAAGUACAGGGACAGGAUUGUAGUGCAGUCACAAACUUUAGAAUCCCUCGAUGGGAAAGAAAUUAAAGAAAUGGAAAGACAAUUCCUAGUGAAUUGGAAAGCCUCCAAAGCUGCCAGGAAAAAAAACAAAGAAAGAAUGACAAAUGAUCAUGCAGUCUAUCUACAUUUUUCUGACUUAGAAACACCCUAUUCUAUUCCUCCCUUUCACUGCAGUCACUCUGUGAAAGAAGAGCCAGAACCUUUAGUUUUGUCUGAGAUGCACAAAAUUAUAAGAAAACCUCUGCCAAGAAUCCUGGAAAAAAAAAUAAGCCAGAUGAAAACAGGAGUCUAG